UGGCUGGAGUUGGAAAGCAUGGAUUCUUGCAACUAACGGGUUUUGAAGACCUGACAAAUAAGACACGCAUACACUGUCACGCAAAGAACGUACCUGACUGAAGAAACAAAAAUUGCUUUGUAUUUCUAAUGGCGGGGGAAACAGCAUCAUCAGAAGAGAAGCUGAAUGCCUCACCACCACCACCACCACCACCGCCACCACCACCACAAAUAUUUCCAAUUGAUUACCGCACAAAUAUUGAAUCGAAAACCCUAGAAGAUGCCCUUCCCUGGAUUGACCAUGCAGUCCAACAGGCUCUGCUUUACCAGAGGACUUUCAAAGAGACCAUGGAGUCUGCUAUUGAAGCGUGCGGAUCUCGUUUUUCCGAAAUUCGCUCUACUUCUUCGGCUCAUUUCCAACAAAGCAUCGAUUCUAUGCGAGACUUAACAUCUGAGUAUGGUGUUUACGAGCGCAUAGUCUUUGGGAAGGUUAAAGAGGGUAUAAACGUUGCAGUUUCGCACCCAUUGAUUACAGGCGGGGUUGCAUUUGGUUUGAGAUUUCUUUCUUUAAAAAGGACAAGGCGUUUCUUGUACUACAGCACUAUGCAGAUGUUCAUUAGUGAAGAGGCCCUGCUAUCGAAAGCUGAUAUUAAAGUAAAGGAGUUGCGACAAUCAAUUGACCGCCUGAAGGCAGAAAGUGAUAAAUUGGAGAGAAGCGCAUCAGUGGCAGAAGAGGAGUUGGUUAGAGGGAGGAUGAAACUAAGGCAAGCAGGUAAGCAGAUCCAAGGUGCAAUUAACUCUGCUUAUAAGAUUGAAAGACAAGCAGCAGGCUUAAAAGAUAUCAUUGGAGAACUUCCUAGGAGAGAAGCAUCACGAUUUCGGUCACAAGUUUCAAGGCUUGCUUCUGAAGCAACGCGAGAAAGGAAUGCUUUGACCAAGGAAGUCAACAAAAUCAGUAACUAUGGAAUCUCAGUCUGAAAAUCUAUUUCCCCCACUUUGUUGUUGCAUGUGUGCUGGAAUCCGGAGUAGUUUGUGACAAAGAGGAAUGGAGUGUCUUUGAGGGCAUUGUAUAAAUGCCAAGCCGAUGCCGAUGCCAAUGAAGCAGCAGGAACUCAUAGUCACUGCAGUGGCUGUUCUCAUGCUGCUGGCCUUCAUUUGGUUUGGGUAUCUGCAGCCUCAUUUAUGAUUAGUAUGCAUAGGAAUCCGACUUCUUGUAGAAGUUCAAUUCGCAUAUAGAUUUAUAUUUUCAUAGAAAUUUUUGUAUAAAGCAGAAUUAUAGUUGAUUCCAUAAUUGGAAGUUCUUUUUUUUA